AAAAUAGAGAUAUUUCUCAUCAAUCUCAGGCCGCUUGCUGUCCAAGUCCUUGCUCUUCGGAAAGAAUCAAUCGCCGAGAUCAUAAAUAAGAUCUUCUACAUGCUGCGGCAUCCCUGAAAAUCCACAUAAAUGCUGUAGUUGUGCCGGAACUACCAUUUCCUUGUGUCUUGAAUUGAGUGAGAGGCUGGUAUUUGUGUGCUAUCGCUGCAAGCACGCCAUCAACUUCGAGGGUUGUACACAGCGGUGUGUGAAGGUGCGUACAUGCGUACAUGGAACUUAGGCUAGGUUUAAAGUAGAGGUCAUAGUGGUUAGGAGUCCCGCACUUGUAAACUUUUGUUCAGCUUUCGAAGAGAAGAGUGGAGGCAUGGGGGCUCGAAACGGGCUUGUGAGUUUUAACAUUGGGCCUCACAUCAAGAGCGAUGCUUCCCGAGCAGCAACGUACAGCAAGAGGAAGAAGGGACUGCUGAAGAAGGUGAAGGAGCUCUCUAUCUUGUGCGGGGUAGAAGUGGCGGUAAUGUGCCACCACCCACAGAUGGCCGGGACGCCCCCACUACUCUGGGGCCAGCCCAAUUUGGACUCCGUGCUGAACCGCUACAAGGGUGUGGCGCCAGAGGAACGGGAGAAGAGGAAGCUGGACAACACGACGUUCUUGCACAACCAGGUGCAGAAGCUUGCUGCCGAUUUACACCACUUGGUAGACCAUAACCGCAAGCUAGCAGACCACUUAGAGAAUUCCCUUUGGGACGAUCGGCUGAACUCUUACAGCGCGGCUGAUUUACAACAAGUUGCAGGGCAAGUGCUUCGGAAGAAGAAGGAAGUCACCGAUUUGCUAGAGUCAGCAACAUCUGCUGUUCGUGAGGGAGGCUGCAACCAACUCAUGCAGGAAUACAAUCAGCUCACUGAUCCAGCCCUGCAAAUUGCUACCAGCUCUUCGGGCUUUAUGUUGCAACGAAACCACAACGAUGGCAUACCAGGGCAGGAUUUGCUGCUGCAGCAACUCAUGUCCCGGGUUCCAGCCUUUCGGUGCUCAGAUAAUGCAACCAUGGCCGCGUUUGUACAGUCUAACCUUGGUUCUACUCCGAUCGCUGCGCUGUGCAUGUCCCCUCCAACACCCCACGUUGACGUGCCUGCCGAGUCUGAGAAUUCAAUCGUUUCUGGGCGCGAUGAGAAAUACGGGGAGCCCGGGACACCAGCUUCCAGCCUGAUGAGCUUGUCGGAUCCCCAGUCGGUGUUCACGAACAAGGCACUGAGCGCUGUGGAGCCGUUGGACGAUGAGUUCGGGCAGAUUGACAUACCUGCUGUGGACAUGGCCCCUGCGUGGUAUAUCACCGGCUUAGCAAGCGCCACUAGUCCCAGCGAGACCUCGGAGACUUACAACCAGGAUGCAAACUCCCAUGUCAAGAUGCCAGCAUUUGCUAACGAUUUCUUCGAGAAUUGGACGGAGGGGAUCAGUUUCGCGUCCUCCACGGGACUUCUGCAGUGUCAGCCCAACCAGUCGCUCCAGCCCGAGGCUGGCAUCUUGGUCCCUCGCGUGAACUAAAUGAUUUAACUCCUUCGUCUAUUUUUGAAUCUUUAUUUAUUUGUUUCUCUCUCUCUCUCUCUCUCUCUCUCUCUCUCUCUCUGAUAAACAAUCUAGUAUUACCUCUCUCAGGCUCAAUUAGUUAGUAUACCCUUUAGUUUCCCGGUUAAGAUCGGAGCACUCUAGAUUAUGAUUACUUGUCUCUGGUUACUCGAGAUUUGAGAGACUCAAAUCUCAACUGUGCACAUACACCGUACAUAUUAUACUUCAUAAUGUACAAACUUUGCGUUUUAUGAAUUAUAAAUUGCAGUUUUGGAAUA